AGAAUGGAGGGGGAGGGGAAUUUUGAAGAAGGGGGAGGGGUGUAGACGGAUCUCCUUCGCUUUUCCCUUCCACUUGCCAUUGACAUGGAAUGGUAUAAACCAGCUUGAGGACAGAGUGGGGGGGCGGAAAAAGAAUAACUUUGUGUGUGUGAGAGACUUUGGGCAACGCGAGACCUUUUGGCAGAGUGCCACGGAGCUGAACCUGUUUGUGUAAGACUCUGGAGCCGCGAACUCCCCCUCCUCUGCCCCGGAUGCCGUAACGAUCACAUAUCCCGGGCGUCAAAGCGGCUCACCACGAGGUCUCCGCUCUGACCCCGAACAAUUUGGCGGGGUGGGGGGGAGCGACAGAAGGCAUGGGCAUCCGAAUCAAGUGCGCCGUCCGAUGCGCCAGGCCCAGGAAGCUCCCGCGUCUCCUGAAGCCCAUUUUGGUGAAGCUCAUCCGGGAUAUCCUGAGGAACCCUCAGAGGAGCAGGCCUCUCCACCAUUCGUUGGUGCUGAUUGUGCGGAAGAAAUGCUGCAACCCAGCCGAGCUUGGGCCCCCAGCCGAAAGCAGGUGUAUCAUUGUUAUACCUUCUGUUGUGGAAGAAUAACUCAGCUUCUUCUUCCUUUUUGCUGUCAUCUGUUUGGCGUGGCGCCCCUUCUGGUUGCUGUGUGCACUUUCCUUCAUCAAAGUGGACAGGUCAUGAAGAUGGGGAGUCCCAGGGUGGCGGAGCUGCUGCUACAGAGAGGAGCUGAUCCCAACCGGCCGGACCCAUCGACGGGCUCCCUCCCGAUUCACGAUGCGGCCCGCGAGGGGUUUCUGGACACGCUGCAGGUGCUGCACUUAGGCGGAGCUCGAGUCGACCUGCCAGACAAGGAAGGCCGUCUCCCAGUUGACCGGGCUGAAGAGAAUGGGCAGCACCACGUGGUCCGUUACCUCUCCUGCCUAAUGAACGGGCAAGCCUAGAAGCGGGCAGAGGCGGCGCGGUGCCCCCUUAAGAAGUCCCCGGCAAGGGCAUCCACCACUGCGCCGAGAUUGUUACGGCUGCUGCUUCAAACCAGAAGCACUUAGUUUGCUUGGAGCUUGUUGCUCUAUAAAUAGAGCUCUUGGAGAA